AUGGCUUUCGUAGGAGGGGCAGAGAGUGAAGUUCAAAAAUGGAAAGUUCCUGAGUUGAAAUCGUAUUUACAGAGCCGUGGAAUAACUGUUUUGCAAAAGAGAAAGGAGGAACUAGUAGAAUUGGUGGAGAAGGCUCGCGAUCUUUCACUGGAACCGAUAGACGAUUGGGAGAAACCGGAGGAUGUGAUAGUCAACAAGUUGCAGACGAAAGAAGGUUCGCUCCCCUGUCCUAACACGUUACACUCUGACUGGACUUCCGACUUUUCUGAUUUUCCGAACUUCACAUACGGUGAUAUGUACGCUUACUUAAUCAAUAAGGAGGGUUAUGACCACGAGUCUCUCAAGGCAUAUAAGUCGUUCGAAGGCUACCGCCUGUUCUGGGAUGGCCAUGUGUUAAAAUUGAUGAAGAACAAGAACUUGUUCAAUGGAUACCACUACGUUAAAUUUGGAGUAAAGCCAACGGAACGAGAGAAAACGCAAGUCGGACAGAAACCAACUUACGAUGGAUGGAUAAUAAUUCAGUCAGAUGGAUCAGUUUACACAGCGCAUUGCCCUUGUAUAGGAGGGGCUGAUGGUGCUUGCCGGCACAUUGGUGCCUCGCUUAUUGACCUUGAAGCUACACUGAGAGAAAAUGUUGUAAUAACUUGCACAGGGAGAAAGUGCACUUGGAAACAACGGAAGAGGACUCAUGAGGGCAUGACAAAAGGAUCAGCCAUGGAUUUUACAAAACCCACACUGAACAAAGAGAAAAAGAAGCGACUAAAACCAAGGUGUGAUACUUAUGACCCCAGAACUUCAUAUGAUACGAAUGUAAAUUUGGCUGAGAAUUUUAGAAAGCUUGUUGCUGAAACUGUUCCUUCAGCUGUAUUACUGCAUCUGUUACCUGACCCAGACACAUGUAAUGGUCAACAUCCUCAACUUGAUUCAGAAAAUGUAAAUGACAUAAGAGAGGAAAAUUCAAUUGUUACUACAUUUACAUUAGAUUCUUUAUCACCAAUGAAACCUUUGCCACCCAGUCUGGAUGAGAUUAAAGAAAGGGGCAAGGCAAUAAAAAGAAAACUUCAGUUUACAGAUGAUGAAAUUGAUGCAGUGGAAAAAAAGACAAAACUGCAGAGUGAUGCCAUUGACUGGUUUCAGUACAGAACAGGAAGAAUCACCGCUUCUCAUUGUAAACGUAUUGCAAGCUUGAAAUUAACCACAUCUCCAACUAAAGCUUUAAAGGAAGUUUUGAGUUACAACCAAGUGCCUUUAACAGCUGCCAUGAAGGAGGGCUUGGCAAAGGAGGAUGAAAUUGAACAGGCACUAAUAAAAUACAUGAAACAGAAUGGACAUUCUGAUAUAAAAGUCGAAAAGUGUGGAUUUGUCAUUAGCAAGACCCAUGGACAUAUUGGUGCCUCUCCAGAUAGAAUAAUAUAUGAUCAGUCUGAGUCUAGCCCAGGUGUGGUUGAGAUGAAAUUUCUUCAGGUGAAGUCAGGGGAAACCCUUGAAGAUAUUUUACUGAAACAGCAUAUUUGUAUAAAAAGAAGCAAUGGUAUAGCCCUUAAUAGAAAUCAUAAAUACUUUUAUCAACUACAUCAACAAAUGUUUGCAACAACGUAUCCCUGGGGCAUAUUUGUUGCUUGUGGCAGGGAUGGUGGUAUUUAUGUUGAGAAAGUGUUGUUUGAUCAAGAGUUUUGGUCUCCAGUGCUAGUUAAGCUGGAUUCAUUUUUUGACUCGGUCAUUUUACCAGAACUAGCUUUUCCAAAGGUUAAAUAUGGUCAGAACCGUACAGUGUUAUAUAGUACAGAUAAAUAAAUAUACAUAUAAUGUAGAAACUCAACUUCCAAAUAUGAACCUUUCGUGACAUUGAGCCUAUGUAAAUGCAUAACUAUUCCAUUUAUACCUAGUAUAGUAGCUACUGUAAGGGGUUACAUGCUCAUUGUUUUUUUUUAGUUCGAUCAAAAAUCAUAUGAUUUAUACAGACAUAAGAAAAUUAUUUAGACAUUUACUUUGAAACAAGAGGCUUCAU